UGCUUUCCCGCCAUCCGUAGCAGAAGAUCCCCAUUUCCCCGCUCAAAAUCCCUGAAUCGAUCUGCUUCAGUCGCAGCGCAGCGGUAGACGCACGCUAGUCCCUCAAUCACUCGCUCGUUCAUUUCUCCUGGAGCAAGGAAUCUAGUCCCCUCCGCCGCCGCCGCUAGCCCUAGCGAAAAUGAGCAGCGCCUCCAUGAGAAAGUUGAUUCAGAAGAAAUUCAAAAUCAGAGGUUACGCCCUCAAAGUCGACGCUUUAGACGAGAUCCUCUCCUUCGUCAAUCGCUUCAAAGACGCCGAAGAAGAGGCCUUGAAGCUCCUUCUCGACGAUCUUCAAUCCAAAUCUCAGAAAUUGGGAGUGAAGUCUUCCAUAAUAGACAAGGACUCCGUGAGUCGUGUCAUAAGCUCUCUAGUAGAAGCCGAUGAAGCUUUCGAGGAAAACCCUAGCUCCGUCUCGUCAAAAUCUGCUCUUCGCUUUAUUGAUGCCUUUGACAUCCCUAAAUUUCGUUACGAUCCCAUCAGGAAGCAAUUCCAUCAGCAUGUGGGGAGGCUUCCAAUCCAUGGCGAUGCUUCCGCUAAAGCAUCUUUGUACAAGGAUAGGUUCCUUUUGCUUUUCCAGAGAAUUCAUCGCGACCAGCACUUCUCCAAGCCAGCAUUUGACUCCGAUAUUUCACAUUGUGGAAGCUGCGAGAUUGCUCCAAUUCAGUCUCUUGUCGGCCAGACAUGUACGAAAUGGGUUAUGGGUCUUAUAUCCCAAUUGGAGGAUGGCCAUUUUUACUUGGAGGAUCUUACAGCUUCAGUGGAAAUCGAUUUGUCUAAAGCAAAAAUAACUACCGGAUUCCUAUCAGAAAACACAAUAGUUGUUGCAGAAGGGGAGAUGCUUUAUGAUGGCAUUUUUCAGGUAAGAACCUGUGGAUUUCCUCCCUUAGAGGAUAGGGAGAAGUCACUAAAAGCACUUGCUGGUCAUGAUCUGUUUGGUGGUGGUGCGCUAACAAAAGAAGAGACUCUCAGGCUCGCAGACUUGGAGAAGAGAGCUGUUAAUGACAUGUUUGUUGUACUCUCUGAUGUCUGGCUAGAUGAUGAAGAGGCCAUGAGAAAUCUAGAGACUGUGCUGGAUGGUUUCGAGAGUCAAGAGGUUGUUCCUUCUUUGUUUGUUUUCAUGGGAAACUUUAGUUCUCAUCCAUGUGACCUUUCCUUCCAUUCCAUCACAACUCUCAGAGGGCAGUUUGGGAAGUUAGGGAAUAUGAUUGGAGCUCAUUCACGGUUAAAGGAUCAGAGCCAGUUUCUAUUUAUUCCUGGUCCUGAUGAUGCAGGUCCAUCAACAGCUUUGCCAAGAUGCCCUUUGCCAAAGUACCUUACCGAGGAGUUGCGGAAACAGAUUCCAAAUGCUAAAUUUUUAAGCAAUCCAUGCAGAAUCAAGUUCUAUACACAGGAAAUUGUGUUCUUCCGUCAUGAUCUGCUAUAUAGGAUGCGCCGUUCAUGCUUGAUACCUCCUUCUACUGAAGAGACCGAUGAUCCUUUUGAGCAUCUGGUUGCCACCAUCACCCAUCAAAGUCACCUCUGCCCCCUCCCUCUUAUUAUACAGCCUGUAAUAUGGAACUAUGAUCACUCUCUCCAUCUUUAUCCAUCUCCACAUACGAUAGUACUAGCUGACAAAAGUGAGCAGAAGGCUUUCAAAUAUACUGGAAUUACUUGUUUCAACCCUGGAUCCUUCUCAAACGACAACACUUUUGUAGCAUAUCGUCCUUGCACCCAAGAGGUUGAGCUCUCAGCAUUGUGAAUGCUUGAAACAACCUGCCCAGGAGUUCAGCAAGCGUGCAUUGGCGACCUUACCCAUUACUAUUUCUCGAAAUGGCUGGUAACAUUUAUUGACUAAUAUCUUAUUCAAUAAAUUGUAUAGUACUCUUGGAAGUUAUUUAUGGCACCUGUUCUUAAUAGAAACUCCUCUUCUGGUUACUGAUUAUCAUAUUUGUCUUUCCAUGAAUUUUGACAAGGCUAGUUACUCAGUGUAUUAGAGAUCCUUGUAUUGUAAAAUGACGAGGUCUUGUAAAGGUAUCUCACAUAUGUGAUGCCAAGGGCUUACAAUAGUAAGUACAUUCAUAUCACUUACUUAUUUAUGCUGCUUGAUAAUUGUUAAGUAUUGCUCCAGGGUAAUAUUUCUAUUUAGGCUCUUCUUUGUUUGAGUUCCGGUUAUGAUGCCGAGACCUCAGCUCCUUAGGGAGUUUUACGUUGCUUUCCAAUUCUGUCUGUCAGGUGCACCUUUAAUAAAACCUGGUUCUGGCU